ACUUCCGUUGGUUCUUUUUUCCGAUUAUAUCACAAUGGGAACGUUGCGGUCGCAAAAGAGACUGGCAGCCGCUGUGUUAAAAUGCGGCAGAAACAAAAUCUGGUUGGACCCCAAUGAAACGAAUGAAAUUUCCAAUGCCAACUCGCGCCAGAACAUUCGUAAACUGAUCAAGAAUGGUUUGAUCAUCAGAAAGCCUGUUGCUGUGCACUCAAGAGCCAGAGUUCGCAAGAACAUGAUUGCUCGUAGGAAGGGCAGACACACUGGAACUGGUAAGAGGAAGGGUACAGCCAACGCUCGUAUGCCAGAGAAAGUCAUCUGGAUCAGAAGAAUGAGAGUUCUCAGACGUCUUCUCAAAAGAUACAGAGAUGACAAGAAGAUAGACAAACACUUGUACCACAGCCUGUACAUGAAAUGCAAGGGAAACGUCUUCAAAAACAAGAGGGUCCUCAUGGAACACAUCCACAAGAAGAAGGCUGAGAACUCAAGAGCCAAGAUGCUCAAUGACCAGGCAGAGGCCAGAAGAACCAAAGUGAAGGAAGCCCGCAAGAGACGUGACGAGCGCCAGGUUGUCAAGAAAGAAGAGAAGUUAAAGACAUUUGCCAAGGAAGAUGAAGAACAGCAAAAAUAAUCAGACAACUUUUGACCCGUUUGGGUGGUCUGAUUAGAUUUGUGGCGACUGUUUUUUAUCUGAACUGGAGACAAUUGUUAUUCACACUGCUAAUAAAUGUGG